AUGCAAUUCUUCAAAAUUGUGACGUUCCUACUACCAGCGAUAUCACUCUCCUCCGCUCAAGCUGGCCCAGUUCCAGCCGCCCAGAAUGGUGCUGCGAUUAUAAUCAACGAGUGCAAUUUUCCGGUUUACUACAAGUCCGUUGCCAGUUAUUCGGUACUUCCGAACACCAUUCCUGCUAAAGGGAGCUAUAAGGAGAUCUACCGGCUUCGCAUCGUUAAUGGAACCCUGAAUGAUAAUGGAACUGUCAAUGGCUAUCUCGGCGGCAUAUCUAUCAAGAUCUCGCCAAAUCAAAAUAUUGCAAAUUCAGUCAAUGAGUCCGAUGCUUUUGAUGCAAGCACAAUCACACAAUUUGAGUAUACAUAUAAUCCAAAUGCAGCGCCGGGACUGUGGUAUGAUAUUUCGAAUGUAAACGGCUACUUAGACAAAUCUUAUACAGGAUGGCCAUUCGAAGAGUUUGGAGGUCUGGUCCUUAAAGGCACUAGCAGUGAUUGUGCUAGUGUAACUUGUCCUCCUAAUAAUGCAACCUGUUCUGCGGCCUACACUCUCUGGGAUGAUAAUAGAACCCUCAGUUGUCGGAAUAACAACUCUAUUAUAUUAACUCUCUGUUCUAUAGUCAGUGAUCCGAGGGGUUUGGAAACGGGUCUGCUAGCGGGUAACUCGGGGGUUGUUGCUAACAACGUCUUACCGCCCAAAGCAACGAGUUGUUUAGUUAGAUAA